GUCUCUUAGGUCUUCGCUCUCUUAUCCUAAAAUCUUUCCCCUUUCUUGCUCCUAAACGUUUCCAAAGUCUUAAUCAGAUUCCUGCUUCAGGACACGCUUAAUUCCUCUUUUUUUUUUUUCUGGGUAUUUCAAUUUCAAAUUCUUUCUCAAUUUACCUCCCGAUUCCAUCAAAAACACGAAUUUGUUCAUUCAUUUGUUCGUUUAUUUUUUUCUUUCCGAUUUCUAGGUAUAUAUGAUCAUCUUCUUUAGCGGUUCAGCCUAAGUAUUUUCAGUUUGAUCGCUAAUUCUUUGUUCUGGGUUUUGCAAAUUAUUCAGUUUUUUUUUCCUUUUUGAUCAAAGCUUUGAUUUGUGUUUCGGUGUUUUUCUUGCUUCGUGACAACUUGAAGAAGAAGCAAAAAUUUCCGAGUUUGCGUGUAAUUUGUUUCUAUUUUUAGAUUCCAAUUUCAUUUUUGAUCUUCAGUACGUAAUAAAAUCUCAUAGAAUUUGCUCAAUUUCGGUACUUUUCUUGGGCAUUUUAAAUUGGAAUUAUCCCCUCCCUCUUUCUCGGAGAUUCCAUCGUGAAAGAUUUUCUUGGAAAAAUCUCAGGCGUAGAAACAGAGACUAAGUGAUGAGGAAGAACGGCGACGGUUCUCCGAAGUCGCCGACGACUACGGACGGAGUUGUGUCGCGAUCAGCUCGGAGCUCGUUUCGUGCUUUGUCUAACUGUCUUCGGGUGAUUUCCUCUGGUGCUUCCACGGUUGCUCGCUCCGCCGCAUCCGCCGCUUCUUCCGCCGUUAACCGUGACAUUGACUCUCUUCACGAUCAGGUACUAUGGGCGGGGUUUGAUAAGCUAGAGAAAGAUGAUGGCGAUACUCGAAGAGUUCUUCUACUAGCGUUUCAGUCUGGAUUUCAAAUUUGGGAUGUUGAAGAAACAGAGAACGUCCAUGUUAUAGUUUCUUCACAUGAUGGACAAGCAUCGUUUAUGCAAAUGCUGCCUAGCCCAAUAGUCUCUGAAGAUUUAGAUGACAGGUUUUCUGAGAGCCGUCCUCUUGUGGCUGUGUGUGGUGACAGUUCUUGGGAAGAAAGUUCAGACAGACAGAGCAUUUCUAAGAAUGAUAGUCCCGAAAGUGAAGUCGUAGUUUCUACAAAUGUGCAUUUCUACUCGUUAAAGUCUAAGUCUUAUGUGCAUACGUUGAAAUUCCGGUCUAUGAUCUAUACGGUUAGGUGCAGUUCUCGGAUUGUUGCUGUACUACAGGCAUCUCAGAUACAUUGCUUUGACGCUACAACAUUGAUAAAGGAGUACAUGAUUAUCACUAACUCCAUCACGUAUUGCUCCUUGGGUGUUGGAUAUGGUCCUCUUGCAGUUGGUCCACGAUGGAUUGCUUAUAGCGGAAGCCGUAUUGCUGACUCAAGUUCCACACUUUUCACUCCAGAGCUUAUCUCACUGUCAUCAUCACCCUCUGUUGCACAAUUUGCAAGAGACUCGAGCAGGCAGAUCGCUUCUGGGAUCGUGACUCUUGGAGACAGAGGGUACAGGUCAUUGACUAGGUACUGCUCAGAGGUUCUGCCCAAUCCGUAUAUUCCUGGUUUGAAAGCUCUCGGAGUUUCUAAUGACAAUUCGCCAGACGCGGAUAGCAUAGGAAGGGUGAUAAUCAAAGAUUUUAUAAGCAAAAGCGUCAUAACGCAGUUUAAGGCACACAAGAGUCCGAUUUCAGCUUUGAGCUUUGAUCCAAGCGGCAUGCUUUUGGUGUCUGCUUCGAUUCAGGGACACAAUAUUAACGUCUUUAGAAUAAUGCCAAGAACCUCUGCAAGUAACGAUGGGAACACACAGUCUUUUGUGCAUAUGUUCAGGCUCCAGCGAGGUUUUACUAAUGCGGUGAUACAAGACAUCAGUUUCAGCAAUGAUAGCAAUUUGAUAGUGAUUAGCUCUUCAAGAGGGACAAGCCAUCUGUUUGAGAUUAAUCCCGAGGGAGAGGGGAAUUCUCCGAUUCCUCUAUCAGCGAUUAGUAGGAUAAGAAGUGGAAACAUCAGCGGAUGGAUGGGAACAAUGAGCGGUGCUGCAGCUGCAGCAGCUGGAAUGGUUGGAGGCUCUCUUCCGGGUGCAAUCACAUCAACUUUCUGUUACUGCGUUGAACAGAAUAAGAACAAGAACUAUGGUUCUGCUUCUGAUAAUAGCUCCAAGAGGAAUCUUCUGGUUUUUGCUCCUUCUGGAUGUAUGACACAGUAUGCAUUGAAAGCAAAUCCGGUUGGGGAUGGUCAUGAGACUGCGGUGAUGACAAGGUUUGAUUUUGAGUCAGGUCCAGAGACUGAAGGGAAAGUGGCGGUUGAGCCAAUACGAAGGUGGUCCAUGAUCCAAAACCAGUCUAGAAGAGAGAUGCAAGAUCACCACAGUGACAUAUAUGGAGGUGGAGCAACUUCAUCGGAUUCUAAGAGUAAAGUGUUUCCCGAGAUUGUUAGGAAGCAGAGCGCUGAGGAAUCUUGGAAAGUAAGUAGGAAAGGAAAGGCCCGUGUGGAAGAUAAUCAUCAGUUGUACAUAUCUGAAGCAGAGUUGCAAAUGUAUCACCCAUCUCAGAAACCGUUAUGGGCAAGGCGAAAGUUUAGGUUUCAAGAACUGGUGUUGGAUCUGAAUGAAGUGAGUAGCGGUUGUGGAGGAGGGGAGAUGGAGAUUGAAGAUAUCCAAACUCGAACAAUUGAAGCAAGAACAAGAGAUUUGGUUCCAGUCUGGGGUUCUUCUCCUAGAUCCCAACAAGUGAUGGAACAAUCAUCGCAGAGUCCAAGGGCCAGUACACAAGGUGAUCAUCAAGUGGCUUCUCCAGAGGGUCAUGGAACGGAGACAGGGUUCGGAGUUGUACAUGGCAAGGAAGAGAGCUCGAAAACAGAGGAAGAGAGCACGAGAUCUGAAGAAGAUAGCUCGAUAUCAGAAGAAGAGACUCAAAGCAAGCCUGUAGAUAAUGAAGAAGAAGGCAUUGCAGAGGAAAAGAGUGAUAGUGAAGAGGAAUUGGAAUAGAAGAAGGUGAUGUUGUUAUUGGUUUAUUUUUUUCACCACGAACUCAGCUUCAAAGUUCAACAACAGAAGAACAAAAAUAACAGUGGAAAAUUGUAUAGAAAAAGGAAAAGAAAAUUUGUAUAUCUUUUAGACGUAAAGAAAAUUAUACUUUUCUUUUCUUUCGGAUGCCUAUUGAUUCAUAGGAUGUAAAGUGUAAACAAAUUUUUUUUUUUAUAUAUACACACGUUUAACUGCA